UGAGAUACUCAUCAGUUAAAUAAUCUCUCUCUCUCUCUCUCUCUCUCCGGAAAUUGUCUUUCUUAUUAUUCUGGUGGAAACCUUUCCGGAGCAGAAAACUCUUGCCCCUUUUCUUUCACGGCCAUUGUUUUCAUCGACCUUCUUGUUUUCCUUCUAAUUUGGCAGGUCGAAGAGAACAAAAUCUCUUACGGGUUUUCUGAUCAUGGGCGGUGACUCUCCAACCUCAGAAAUGAUAGAUGGAUGCACUUCCGAUAGUGACUUUCAAAAGGAAAGGAAGGGAAAGAGACUAUGGAAGAAACUCAAGAAAGUAAAAUAUCAGCUUGUUGAAUACCAUUCAUUGCCUAUGUUCUUAAGGGACAAUGAGUUCAUUCUGGGUUACUACCGUUCAGAAUGGCCAUUGAAGCAAGUGUUUCUAAGCAUGUUCUCUAUCCAUAAUGAAACUCUUAAUGUCUGGACGCAUCUUAUUGGCUUCUUCCUUUUCCUUUUCCUCACUAUUUACACAGCAACAAGAGCUCCCGACCUCAUUGAUCUGCAUUACCUGCAACGUUUGCCUGACAUGAUUAGAAGUGCUGAUUUCCACAAAAUUCACCCAGAACUGUUGAAUUGCCUCCCUUCAUUACCCAACCUAUCUGAUUUUAAGACAUCUUUGCCAUCUAUGGAUUUUCUGUCUUCAGUUUCAGGGAAUCUGGUGGAACUUGUCACCAAUUGCUUGCCAGAGCGAUUAUCCCAUUCUCACGACACUGACAAUUCUGUUCUGCACGGAGUAACAGAUGAUGUCAUGGACAUGGUUGCUCCCCUUAUGGUUCGACCAAUCACAAUGUGGCCUUUCUUUGUUUUCCUUGGUGGGGCUAUGUUCUGCUUGCUAGCCAGUAGCACAUGCCAUCUCCUUGCUUGCCAUUCAGCACGCCUUUCGUACAUUGUUUUAAGAUGCGACUAUGCAGGCAUUGCUGCACUCAUUGCAACCUCCUUUUACCCUCCAGUCUACUAUUCCUUCAUGUGCAACCCUUUAUUUUGCAAUCUCUACUUGGGAUUCAUAACAAUUCUUGGUAUAGCCACCAUUGCUUUCUCCCUCCUACCAAUGUUUCAAGGACCUAAGUUCCGGAGUACUCGCGCAUCUCUCUUCUUUGGGAUGGGUGUGUCUGGUGUGGUUCCUCUAGUUCAUAAGCUCAUAUUGUUCUGGAAUCGGCCUGAGGUCCUCCAGACUACAUGCUAUGAGGUUUUAAUGGGAGUCCUCUAUGGAUUGGGGGCAGUGAUAUAUGCUACAAGGGUACCAGAGCGGUGGAAACCAGGAAGGUUUGACAUUGCUGGCCACAGUCACCAACUUUUUCAUGUACUGGUUGUGGCAGGAGCUUACACACAUUAUCGGGCAGGACUCCUCUAUCUAAGAUGGCGGGACUUGCAAGGUUGCUAAAACUGAGCUGGUUCUCAAGCAUUAGGUCUUAGUAGAUAUGGCUGGCCUAGGCUUUCUGUGUUCAGGUAUUGCACCAUGUCAUGAAUCAAGGUGUACUUAUUUUUGUCUCCUUGGCCAUAAUAAAGUUGCAGUGUUGUUGGCCAGAUGGUUCGUCCAUGACUGAUGUAUGUAAUUAUAUUCGAACCGAUAUUGUAGUUCCACCCAUUGUAUAUAUGAUCUGAAAGCUAUCAAACCUUAGCA